AUGGCCAGAGUCCUUGAAGGCAUGUUGGAAACUCAAGCCAGGCUCGAUGGGACAUACCAGGUCCUCUUAAGCAGCAUGAUAAUCAAUGAGAUCCGAGAGCAAAAGGCCGCGUUUGAAGUGCAAACACGAAGUUUCUCAGAGCAGAGGACUAUGAUAGCCCAUAUAAUGGCUGCACUUGACCUGAAACCUCCAGUAUACUCAACCUCGGUGGAUUUGAAUGCCAAAUAUGAGCCUCCGCAGAAGGGAGCCUAUGUUGAUAUUUCUGAGAUUUAUCUACAACCAUCAGAAAUGGGGCGGAAGGAAGAUAAGAAAGACGGAGAAGAUGGAGAAGACAGAGAACAGCCCUCCCAAAUGUCCGAAAGUCUUCAGUCCCAACGACCUCCAGUCUGUGGCUGUGGUGGAUCGAAUGCACGCGACGCAAGUGACAAUCACCGUGUAUGCAGUGACGCAUACGGCGAAUCGUAUUUUGAUCCAGAGGAAGGUAAAGAGGAUGUUGGCUAA